CUCGGCGGCUCCCAGCGCAGUUCCCCCGCCGCGGCUGAGUGUAGCGGCAUCGGCCGGCGGUCGUCCUCAGUCUCUCGGUGCUUCGAGGCGCGCUCUGUGCUGCUCUGCGAGCGUCUCUGAGCACGGGCAGUGGCGACCGUGGGUUCGUCAGGGAUGACGACUCGCUCCGACCGCCGGGGGAAAAGAGAGCUUAAUGGAUUCUAGAAGUGAUGUUAGGUGGGAUCCUGCAGCACGAGAAGAGGUGCCAGUUGCUAUGGGAUUAAAAACAUAUCUGUAAUGGCUAAAGGGUUAUCUUAUGAUGAGGCUGUUGCUAUGGCUAAUGACCCCUUGGAAGGCUUCCAUGAAGUAAACCUUGCUUCACCUACUUCUCCGGACCUUCUUGGCGUGUAUGCAUCUGUAGCCCACGAGCAGACCACCUCACCAGGUGUCAUCUACCGGCCUCUCCCUUCGUCUUUGUGCUCUGCCCCUCUCCAGGCUAAUGCCUUAGAUGUCUCCGACCUUCCUACACAACCUGUAUAUUCAUCCCCCAGACGUUUAAAUUGUACGGAAAUAUCUGGUAUCAGCAUCCAUGUUACAGAUCCAGCACCUAGUUCUACCUCUGGAGUAAUAGCAGGGUUAACCAAACUAACUACGAGAAAGGACAACUGUAGUGCCGAGAGGGAGUUUCUGCAGGGUGCUACUGUGACAGAUGCUUGUGAUAGCAGUGAUGAUAUUUUCGGGUUGAGUACCGAUAGUCUGUCCCGUUUACGAAGCCCGUCUGUUUUGGAAGUCAGAGAAAAGGGCUAUGAAAGAUUAAAAGAAGAACUUGCAAAAGCCCAGAGGGAACUAAAGUUAAAAGAUGAAGAGUGUGAGAGGCUUUCCAAAGUGCGGGAUCAACUUGGACAGGAACUGGAGGAACUCACAGCUAGUCUAUUUGAGGAAGCUCAUAAGAUGGUGCGAGAAGCGAAUGUCAAGCAGGCGACAGCAGAAAAGCAGCUGAAAGAAGCACAAGGAAAAAUUGAUGUACUUCAGGCUGAAGUAGCUGCACUGAAGACGCUUGUAUUGUCCAGCUCUCCAACCUCACCUACGCAAGAGCCUCUGCCAGGAGGAAAGACCCCUUUUAGAAAGGGGCAUACCAGAAAUAAAAGUACAAGCAGUGCUAUGAGUGGCAGUCAUCAGGAGCUCAAUGUGAUGCAGCCAAUUGUAAAAGACUGCAAAGAGGCUGACUUAUCUCUGUAUAAUGAAUUCAGAUCUUGGAAGGAUGAUCCCACAAUGGACAGAACAUGUCCUUUCUUAGACAAAAUCUAUCAGGAAGAUAUAUUUCCAUGUUUAACAUUCUCAAAAAGUGAGUUGGCUUCAGCUGUUUUGGAGGCUGUGGAAAACAAUACUCUAAGCAUUGAGCCAGUGGGAUUGCAGCCUGUUCGGUUCGUGAAAGCUUCUGCAGUCGAAUGUGGAGGACCCAAAAAAUGUGCUCUCACUGGCCAGAGUAAGUCCUGUAAACACAGAAUUAAAUUAGGAGACUCAAGCAAUUAUUAUUAUAUUUCUCCUUUUUGUAGAUACAGGAUCACAUCUGUGUGUAACUUUUUUACGUACAUUCGCUACAUUCAGCAGGGACUUGUGAAACAGCAGGAUGUUGAUCACAUGUUUUGGGAAGUUAUGCAGCUGAGAAAAGAGAUGUCACUGGCAAAGCUGGGAUAUUUCAAAGAGGAGCUCUGACCCUCUGGCUGGGACCAUGCACGAACCUCCUUGAAAACCUGGAAGAUGGCUGAAUAUUUUUAUGGUUACUUGAUAUUUAUUUCCAAGGUCUGGGCCCAAGACUUCCUCCCUCUUUUGCAAUUUACACCAAGAAGUACUGUGAUUUCUUUUAAACUGACCUAUGCUGUUUUUGCUUAUUCUUUAGUUGAACACUAGAAAAAACUACAGGUGUACUAGUGAUUGUAAUUUAUAGUUGCAAAAAGAAAAGCUAAAUAAAUAAAUAUUAGAUCGAA